AUGAGGAUGUGCACCAACCAGGGCAUCUGCCAAUUCAUCCUUUACACAGAUGGAGAAUUUGUCCUCUGGCCUAAGUUAGUGCAUUGGUACUCCCUUAGUGCGCCGUAUUUCGCACGCAGCGACGCAGCAACGAAUGCGCUGUCUACACAGUCCGUGUUGCCGGAAGCACACAGUGACUCCCGCAUCGGCUCUCGCACACGCCCUCCCAGCCUUCAAGUCGUGCCGAUGGGCCCCAAGGUUUCCUCUCGCCUUUGGAUGUUCCUCCCCUUCCACCAAAAAGCACCGGCCAGCCAGUCCAAAACAUCGACCACCUCCCCCAGAAGCCCCAACCAAGGAGUUACUUGGGCUCGAGGUACUCUCUCCUUCGUCCUGUCCUCACUCCCGCCAGCAACCUGGCCUGUCGCUGUCGCUGUCGCUGUCUACGGCUACUGGGAUCCACUGUCCGGAUCAAUUCGAGAUAUCUCGUCCAGCUCUGAUCGGCUGCUCUCAACACCAAGACCCGAGCCUCGGACCACCUGUGUGACUUUGACUUGCUUCACACGAGGAACUUGCUACGCGAUCUGGUCAGGAGAAGUGUACCGCAAGAGACGUCUCAUCAACACCGAGGGCUCUUUAACCAGCCUUUCUAGCUGGACAAUACAUUGCCCAAUUGACGCUGACGAUAUUUGUUCCUGUCGCAUCCAGAUCAUGCAGCAGUGGCAGGUCGGCCCUGUGCCGGAGUAUGUUUACGCCAACUCCACCCAUCCGCCCAACGACAUGCACAAUCACCCCUACCAACCCGAUAUGGCACGCCGAACCGAUCAGCGCAUAGAGUUCCCAUACGGAACUCCCCAGUCGGGAAUACCUCCCCAGCAGCAGCAGCAGCAGCAGCAGCAUCACCCUACUCCGGUCCAACCGCCGAUGAAUGUCCCUCAACCUCCAAAUGCCUCAGCUUCUCAACAGCAGGCAGCGACUCCCACGCCAACACAACAGAGCCGCCAGCGGAAGCGACCUGCUCCAAAUACUGCCCCAUCGCCGGCUACUGGAGCGCCUGCUGCUCCUGUUGCGGGAAGCCAGGCUCAACCUCCGGCUCUCACUCCUCCCACUCCCCAGGCUGCUCCCUCGACAUUGCAGCCACAGGCUCCAACAGAAGAUGCCAAGACGACGCCUGUGCAGCCGCCUCCGGCCAAAAAGAGUCGUACUAAUACCCCAUGGACGCCGCAAGAAGAACUGCGGCUCAAACAAAUGCGAGACUCGGGUAACAGUUGGGCAGAAAUUGCCAAGACAUUCCCCACCAGAACAGAAGGUUCAGUCAAGAAGCAUUGGUACAAGGAUAUGCACUAUGCCGAGUUUGCUGAAGAUGAAAGCCAAGCCUUGUUGAACGCAAUCAAAGAAUACGAAAAUAACAAGUGGAAAGUGAUUGGCCAAAAGGUCGGCAAGCCGGCAAAGGCAUGUGAACAAUAUGCCAAAGAGCACUUCCCUGAUCUUUUCGCAAACGGCAAGGGCAGGUAG